GAGUCUUCUACAUCGCAGUCUAGCUCAAGGUAGGACUGGGAGGCUCAUCAAUCCAGCGACUCCUUGCUUCCCACCAACGGCGCUCAGAAGGCCGCGCGGGCAAGUUCCGAAGAGUGCAGCAGGUCACCAAGCAAGGCUUUUCCGGUCGCAGGAGCGGGGCAGGAAAAGGAGCCACGUCAUGUGAAUCGGUUCACCCACACGCGGGAGGUCUUUUAAGGAGUGUAACGCCCUGUCUUUGCAAUGAAUGUGCUCUGUGUAAAAAUGAUUUCAAGCAGGGGAAAUACUAUAGUAAGAAGUAUACUGCACAUGUUCUUGAGGUUACAAAACCACUGAUACUAAUAGCAACACAAUCCUGGCCCUGGAUGUAUUGUUACCUAGCCCUACCUGGGCGGUCAUGAACGGAAGCACCCUGCCAUUGUCACCAGUUGGGGGAGGAAUGGUGGGAGAACCUGCCUCUCUUCCCUCCUUGGGUUGGCGGGAAUUCUGCGAAGUCCACGCUCGCGCUGCUGCAGUUGAUUUUGCCCGUCGUUUCCGGACCUUCCUUGGCGAGAACCCCCAGUUUGCCAGCCCAGGAGCUGAAGCUGCUUUCUCACACCGCUUUGCAGAGCACUUCCUAGAACAUUUUGAAGCUGAGGUGAGCCGGGCUUACACCAGUGACUUGCCGCCCCGCUGUGACAUUGCCCCUUUCACCGGUUGUUCUUCUGCACGGGACCUCUCUGAGACCUGCAGUGACUCCUCGGUGGCUUCCCCUGUUGAGCCUCCAUUGGGCCCACCCUCUGGCCUCUCUAGCAGCCAGUCCCGCAGCUCUGAAGAUGUUUCUACUGUGGCAGCUGUUACCUCUACGAAGCCAAAGCUGAAGAAGCGCUUUUCUUUGCGCAGUGUUAGCCGCAGUGUCCGAGGUAGUGUGCGUGGCAUUCUGCAGUGGAAGACAUCAGCUGAAUCAUCCUCUGGUGGUGGAGAUGGGACACCCACCGGAGCCAACACUAAUUCCAAUUCAUCAGGGGGCGGUGACUCAGAGCGUUGGACUCACCGAUUUGAACGUCUUCGCCUCAACAGAGCCUCCCCAGCCACUCUGCGAGUCGAACUGGCUAGUGUGCGCCGUGAAGGCCUACUGAACUACAUUGUGGCUGAUGAUGGGUCAGGCGGGGGCAGUAGGACACGCUGGCAGAAAUGCCGUCUUCUCCUGCGCAAAGCAGGGAAGGGAGAAGGGGAGGGUUAUCUGUUGGAGUUCUAUAUCCCACCAAAGGCAACAAAGCCCCGGGUCAGCAUUGCUUGUUCCUGUGUAAUGGAUGUGCGGACAACAACUCCACUGGAGAUGCCAGACAAAGAGAACACUUUUGUGUUGAAGCUCUCAAGUUCUUUGGAAUACAUCCUUGAGACUGUUGACUCACUGCAGAUGCGGUCAUGGUUGGCUGACAUUCAGGAAUGCAUGGGCCUGGGAGAAAGCACUGAUAGCCUGGAACAGCCAUGCAUGAACCACUCAGAUAGCAUGCCCAGCCGGGAACUUCCCAUGGUGCCAAGUGAGAGCAAUGAACAGCUCAGCCAAGGUGCCUAUGGUGGAUUGAUAGAACGUCCCUCAGCCUCCAUGUCUCCCAGCUCAGUCUCUAUUGCUGCCUCACACUUUGAUUCAAUGGAGCUGCCUCCUCCUCAACUGCUGCCUCGGGUGCCAGUCCAUGAAGGGCAAUUUUCCACUGGCUUCCUCCAUACAACUUUCCCAGAAACCCCUGAAACCACAGGUUCCUUCCUCUUCCAAGGGGAACCCGACCCGGGUGGGGGUACUCUGGGUGACACUGAGCACCCACUCUCUGAAUACCCAUGGUUCCAUGGCACCCUGUCCCGUCUCAAAGCCGCUCAGUUGGUGUUGGCAGGAGGAGCAAGCAGCCAUGGCGUCUUCUUAGUGCGUCAAAGUGAGACACGGCGGGGUGAAUAUGUCCUGACCUUUAACUUCCAGGGGAAAGCCAAGCACCUGCGCCUCUCCUUGAACGAAGAAGGGCAGUGCCGUGUUCAGCAUCUCUGGUUCCAGACUAUUUUUGACAUGCUGGAGCACUUCCGGGUCCACCCCAUCCCCCUCGAAUCAGGGGGCUCCAGUGAUGUGACACUUGUCAGCUAUGUGGUUGCUUCGCAAAGGCUGCAUGAGCCGAGCAUCUUUCGUAACCUGCCACUGCCGCCUCCUCUCCCUCCAGCCCGGCCACCUCAUGCUCCUCUGGACCAUGGACUGCUGGAGUCUAAAGGGCAGAGUGAGGAGGAGGCCCAGAUGGAGCCAGAGGUGGAUGAGGGAGCAUCGGUGAGAGUCGGGGGAUCCCUUCCUCUGCCAGAGGAGUCAGAAGGGCGAGCCAGAGCUGUGAACAACCAGUACUCAUUUGUUUGAACCCAGUGGUGAUAACAAAAAAAAAUAAUAAGGGAACAAGCCCUUUUGCUCUAACCAUUACUAGGUGGAAGAUCUGAGGCUGACCAUAGGUACCAGAUGGGCUUGAACACACAACAGACUUCUAGACUUUCCUUGAGAAAUCCUUGAGGUGGGGAUGGGUCUCAUCCCCUAGUUCUUCCUACCCCCUUUCCCUGGGUAUGGCGCGAGCCUCACUUUUGCUUACCCCCCUCUCCCCACCCAAUCUAGGUACAUGACCUCUCUUGGGGUUCUGCUAUCAGCUUUCAACCCUUUGGCCUGCACUACUUUGGUCCUGUUUGGGUUGUUGAGAAAUUGGCCUGUUCUCUCCCUCUCACCUCCUCCUCUUCUUCCUCGUACGCCCCUCCCUUUCUUCAAGCCUCUGCAGUUGGAUAGUCCACAAGAAACACUACCUGGAGGAAAUGGGAGUCGUCGUAGCUCCAGGAUAAAUGUUGACUUCCAUCAUUUGUACCCUUGCCUUUCUUGGUGAAUGUAUGGAGUUUCUGAAUGUAAUCCUUUCCUCUCCCAGUUUCCUCUUGUGGGGGAAAGUUGGCUGCUUUUUUCCUCCAAUUCAAAUAUAUAUUUAUAUUAUUUUUUGUUUUGUUUUUUUGCUUCCUUCCCUCCAAAUCAUGGGAACUGGUCACUUAUUAAACAGUCUACACCCCAGGGAAACGUAUUGUGCUAUGAAAAUACAGCUUUUGGGAGACUGUCCUCUUCCUCUUAUUCCCACUGCUCCCCUCCUUCCCCUCCUCUUUUAAGAUUUAUUUUUCUACUGUGGACUAGUUGGACUGCUCAGGCCUCCCUGCCUUUUCAGUUUUUUUUCUUUCCCUUUUUUAAUUAUUCUGGGAUACAGUUCUGUGUUUUGUUUAUGGGGGGGGGAGUUUGUAUAAAAAAAAUAAAGGAAACAUCAUUUUACCUUUUUAAAGUGAACUUUUUAAAGAAAAAAUAGUAAAAUUAAUAAAAACUGAAAGGUG